GGGGCUUGUGAAGAAGAGCCGCUUUGGGGCAAAACACAAAAUGAACGUGUCUCAAUAUGACAGGAAACACGAGAGGCCUGCCCCGCAGCCCUCUGCUGCUGCUGUAAACUACUGACAUGUCUCCUCAGUGACAUUAGCAGAACAACUCUGAAAACGGAAAUCUACUUGGGCUUGGCUCCUUCUGCACAUCCUCCUUUAUAUCAGCGGAACUCGGCUGCAUCCGCCCGGUGACCUGCAGUGAACCGUGCCGUGGAGAUGGAGAAACAGAUUGGGGCUGGGGCCGGGCCGGCAGACGGAGCGGGGCCCAACAGAAAGCCCUGGGCUCCGGGGACAGGCGGAUCUACCAACGGGGACAGUCUGGACAGUCCCACAGGGUCCCAUGUGGAGUGGUGUAAGCAGCUCAUCGCAGCCACUCUCACCAGUCAGAUCUCCAGUGUGGCCUCUGCAGAUCCAAACCGAGAGAACAGAGUAGGAAGAAGACCCGACUGGUUGGUUUCCAAGAGGCUCCCACACAGGAAUCUUCCCACGCUGAGGUACGGGGCACAGCUUAAAAUGUCCCAGAACCAGGUCCCGCUGCUGCCGGGAGAGAACAUCCACCUCACAGUCAAGGAUGUGAUGUACAUUUGUCCGUUCAGUGGUUUGGUGAAUGGGACUCUGACUAUCACCGACUACAAGCUGUACUUCAGUGGUGUGGAAAGGGAAACUCCUUUUGUUCUUGACGUGAAUCUUAGUGCCAUUAGUCGACUAGAAACCAUUAGUGUCCCCAACCAAGGAGAGAACACCAAUGGCCUUGAACUGGUCUGCAAGGACAUGAGGAGUCCCAGAUUCACCUAUAAAACAGAAGAGAGCCAUCCUGAUGUUGUCAAAGUCCUCUCUCAAUACGCCUACCCUCUCUCCAACAGCCUGCCCUUGUUCGCAUUCCUCUACAAGGAGCAGUUUCCUGUGGACGGGUGGAAGGUCUAUGAUGCGACAGCGGAGUACAGACGACAGGGCUUGCCGAAUGAGAGCUGGACCAUCAGUAAGAUCAACAGUAGCUAUGAGCUGUGUGACACUUACCCCUCCGUCCUCGUCAUCCCCACCAACAUCUCCGACGAAGACAUCAGACGGGUGGCCCUGUUCAGAGCCAAGCACCGCAUACCUGUGUUAUCGUGGAUACAUCCAGAGACCCAGGCCACCAUCGUGCGCUGCAGCCAGCCGCUGGUGGGCCCCUCAGACCGCCGCUGCAAAGACGACGAGCGCUUCCUCCAGAUCAUCAUGGAUGCCAAUGCUCAGUCUCACAAGCUCACUGUGUUUGACGCCCGCCAGAGCAGUGUGGCAGACACCAACAAGGCUAAAGAUGGCGGCUAUGAGAGUGAGAGUUUCUACACAAAUGUGGAUCUGAACUUCCUUGAAAUCCCAAAUAUCCAUGUGAUGCGGGAGUCUCUUAGGAAAGUGAAGGAUGUUGUGUAUCCCACCAUAGACGAGGCCCACUGGCACUCGGCCAUCGACCAGACACACUGGCUGGAGUACAUCAAGAUUUUACUGGCUGGAGCAGUGAAGGUGGCUGAUAAACUGGAGUCGGGAAAAACCUCUGUGGUGGUGCACUGCAGCGAUGGCUGGGACCGCACCUCUCAGCUCACCUCUCUGGCCAUGCUCAUGCUGGACAGCUACUACCGCACUAUACACGGCUUCCAGGUUUUAGUGGAAAAGGAGUGGAUCAGUUUUGGACACAAGUUUUCUUCUCGUGUCGGUCAUGGAGAAGACAACCACUCCAGCUCUGAGCGCUCACCUCUCUUCGUCCAGUUUAUAGACAGUGUUUGGCAAAUGACUCGACAGUUCCCAGCAGCCUUUGAGUUCAAUGAGCUGUUCCUGAUCACGGUGCUGGACCAUCUGUACAGCUGCCUGUUUGGAACGUUCCUCUACAACAGUGAACAGGAGAGGACAGCCCAGGAGGUCCAGAGUAAGACCAUCUCUCUGUGGUCCUACAUUAACAGCCAACCAGAGGACUUCACAAAUCCCUUCUUUGUGGACUAUGAGCACCAUGUCCUGUAUCCGCUGGUGUCAUCCAGACAUCUGGAGCUGUGGACAGGAUACUACGCCCGCUGGAAUCCCCGUAUGAGACCGCAGGUCCCGGUGCACCAGACCCUGAAGGAGCUGCUGUUUGUGCGGGCUGAGCUGCAGAGGCGCCUGGAGGAGCUGCAAAAGGAGGCGGCCUCUCACUCCCUGCCCUCCUCCACAGAGCACUCCCCCUCACACCCGGGGACACCACUGCACUCUGCUGUCUGACGCCCCGGGACACCCUUGUUCCCGCCCCGGGACACCCUUGUUCCCGCCCCGGGACACCCUUGUUCCCGCCCCGGGACAAUCCCUCAUGCCCCAGGAUAUCCUAGGACACCUCAGGACAACCCCGCACUCCCUCACACCCCGUGACACCCCGUGACACCCCCAGACACCCCCAGCACUCUCUCUCACACCCCAGGAACAGACUAUGCACCAAAUGGUAUAACAAACACCAAAUGCAGGGUGUUGGAACAAAAAGGAUUAGAUUGGGGAAUCUCUAGCUACUCCUAAAUAAAAUACUGACUUAAAUUAUGAUUUUUUUAAAGUAGUUUUAUAUUGUAGUAUUUAUUUUAACAUUCACUUGAUGUAUUUUAGUUACAUUAAAAUUCAAUUUUUAGGCACAUUGUUCAUGUGUGUAUGCUUUAAUUAAUUAAAGACAAACUGGUUACGCUGACCAGACUUAGAUCUGCCACUAAUCUAUGAGAAAUAUUCUAUAUGGGUAUGUUGUUUUUUAAGGUGGCGUUUCUGAACUUGUUACUGUCCCCAAACAUCGAAUAGGUUUUAGGCCGUAAAUUUUCUUUUAUCACAGCCCAGACUAGGUCAAAAUAUUAAGGGACAUUUUACCGUUUUGGGUAAAAUAAAUUGUUGUGGAUAAUGCAAUGCUCACAUACUGUAUAUUUGUAUUUAUUAUUUUAAAAAUGCAUUUAGUUCUCUCAUUGUGCAUUUUAAUUAGGAAAAACCUCAUAGAAUGCAGAAAGUUGAAAGUUUGUGUGCCAUAAAUGUUCAUAUUGACACUGUUUACAUACAACAGCAUUUUAAACCAGUCUCUACCUGGUACAUACAUCAGAGUGUGAGGGAUGAACUGUAGAUAUUCAAUGCAAUUUACAUAAUAAUCACACCUGUACAUGUUACCUUAAAUCAUACAAAAACUUUGCUGCCUUAUGUAUGUUUUUUUAAUCAUCCAUGGUAAUUAUGUAAUAACUGGUGAAGUUUUAAGAGGAAACAACUGCACUGUAUUCUUACGGCUCAUGUUGUAGUUGUAUGAAGAAGCAGGUGCACCCAUUACUGUUAAGAUUUUGUUUACACAGCUACGCCAUGGCCACGUUCACACAAAAUCAUGAAGUGUCCCAUGUUUACUGUGGCCUUUAAUGAUUGCCUGGUUUGCUUAUGGAAAUGUUAGAGAAUGCAUGCUUGUACUGGAUGUAGUCCUUUACUGUAGUGGUCUGCUCCUACAGACACCAACACAGACUAGUGAGGUGGGACACAGCCUAUGUUAUGAGCCAAUGUGAAUAUAUGGAUAUUCUCAGAUGUGUGUCUUUUUUUAAUAUUACCUUUAAUACUGAUGUACAAACCUGUUAAGCCAUACAAACUUCUGACAUUCCACCCACAUUUAAACAAUAAACACACUGAAAGACUGAG